CAUAAAUACUGCCUUCAACACUGACUUCACCAUUGCAUUUUACUGUAGUCAGACAGUACAUCUUAUUAUUAAAUUCACGCUAUCAAGAUGAGAGGUCUUUUAGCCCUUAUGGUUGUGUGUGUGGCUUCAAAUUUUGUCAGCUGUGAAGUGACAAUCUACAGCCCAAUGGAUAAAGUGCUGGUUCUGAGUGUGCCCCAUGGUCCACAAGCUCCGUCCAAUGUCUCGCUGGUCUGUGGCGAAGCCUACAAGGACCAGGACGUGGUUUGGAAGAAAAAUGGCCAGAGCACGAGGUAUGUGGGGAACCAGCUGACGGUCAGAGUGGAAGAGAUGAUGGCAGGGAACUUCUCCUGCCACCUGCGCCGCGACGGAAGCUACCUGAACCACACCCUGGUCCUGGUGCAGCUAAACCCCGACAACGAGACCGUCCUGCUGGAAAAGCUGCCAGGGAGCAGUGAUACUCAGCACAUCCAGUGUUCAGGAAACAACUACAGUGGCUCCUUCAACUGCAGGUGGACCAAGACACGUGAGAACGCUGCUGUGCUGCUGGUGAAGGCAGAGCGUAACUCGACUGCGAUCGCCUGCGAGGUGGAAGCGGACGGUUCAGGAGUCCGGUGCAAUGAGAGAGGCUGCGUGAAACAAGAGGAACGCCAUUUCAUCGACUUCAGCGUCUACAUCUACAGCAACGCCCGGCUGGAGAAGUACUCUAGGGUGUUCUUCCUGAGAGACAUCGUGAUUCCCGGGCGUGUCACCAACCUCCGGUUGGAGGGGGAGAAGUUCCUCUGGGAGGAGCCUGAGUUCUGGGAGAGGCCCUGCUCCUACUACCAAUUGCAGUUUGAGGUGAAGCGGGUCCAGCAGGGCGCCAGCUGCCAGGGUUGCCCCGCUUUGAAAGAGAAAACCGAAAUCAUGGGCGAUAAAAGCUUUCCCAUUUACAAGAAAAAACCUAAGAAGUACGUGUUCUGCGUUCGGGCGCAGGACAAGUACACAGGCGCCCCAUGGGGAGAGUAUUCUGAGCUGGCUGUGUGAAACAAUCACCAAGGAUACAACUGAACGCAUUUGAAGGAACCACGACAAAAUUGGUGCAGAUAAAGUAUUCAAAGAAAUUAACUUAAACCAUUGACAUAAAUUGUACUUCCUGUAAAUGUGUUAAGUAUUUAUGAUUGCUGUUUUCACUGUGUUAUAAAAGCUUUAAAAUGUGAUAUUAAAACUGAAGU